AUGAGCGGAGGUGUAUUCAGUAAGUUAGAUCCAGACAUCAUAACAUUCCAUAUCCUUCCACACCUUGACGGCAAAACCCUAAUCAUAUUAUCCUCAGUUUCUUCCCAAUUCCACAACUUGAUUUGCAGCAACAACAACAACAACAACUCAGAAAAUCUAUGGCGGAACAUUUGCAUCUCCACAUGGCCUUCCUUGGCCAUCACCUUGGCGGUGCCGGACUUCAAAAACUUUCAUUCCAAUGUCAUCUCCAUCUUGCCAGGUGGUUACCGUACCUUCUUCUCCGAUGCUUUCCCUUCCAUUAACUCACCUGAUCUCAACGUUAUUAAUCAUCCUCCUUCCCCUCCUUAUCUUAUACGUUUCUACUUCGCCUCAGAUAUGUUCUUACGUGGACAACCACAACCUUUCGCUUCACUUCGUGGCACUCAAUUAUUACACACAGAAUAUGCACCUCACCGGUCAGUCCCCGAAUGUAUAGCUUUUAGAUUUGGGAUGAAUCACCAAAAGCAUAAGUUGAAGAAUUUUAUCAAGGUAAAGAAACAAGGGAUUGAGGAAUAUUUGAAACAAAAUUUGACAUUCAGUUGUGUUGUUAUCGAAACCAAAGAAACAAAGCGUGCGGGGAGCUUGUUUACUCCUGGCUGUAAACCUGUUGAGGUCAAACGAGCAACCUCGGGGAGGGUAGUUAAAGUGAUUUUUGAGACCUUGCUGCCGAGUCUGUCUAAUUUCUAUACUCAGAUGAUCAAGUGUCGGACAAAGGUGUAUUGCUAUUGGCAAGGUGAUGCAGAAGAUAAGUUCUGCGUCGGGUGCGUUUCCUCUACAUUCAAGGACAUGAAUGGAAAACGUUUGUGGGAGAGAGAUGCUGCAAUCAUAAUCCUCAAUGCUAUCAUAAACGGAGAGAGGAAGAACAAACAAAACUAA